AUGCUCUCAAGCCUCUCCUUCUUGUUUCUCGGUCUCUGCGGCUGGGCCUUUUGGCAGCUACUGUCUUUUGUCCGCGUCCGCAUCGCUACUGCGCACUUGAGGCGCAUUCCAGGGCCGCCGCCAGCCUCGUUCUGGACUGGCAAUUUGAAGCAGUUCUUUUCGCGCGACGCGGCUGGCUUUCAGGAACAUGUCGCUCAUGAUUUCGGCCCCAUCGUGAAGCUCGACGGAUUCUUGGGUACUCCGAUCCUCUACGUCGCUGAUCCCAAGGCUCUUCACACCGUUCUCAUCAAGGAGGAGCAUAUUUUCCUCGAAACCCCGGAGUUUAUUGCGUGCGUACACGUUUUAUUAACUAUGCGUGGCGAUGCAAGGCUACAUCUUGAGAGCGCGCAGCAUGGUCGUCAGCGCAAGCUGCUCAACCCCGUCUUCUCCGUCAGUCAUAUGCGGCACAUGCUUCCGCUCUUCUACAACGUCGUUUACAAGCUCCGCGCUGCGAUCGAAUCUCGCGUCAGCGACUCGGAGGACCCACGGGAGAUCGACAUGCUCGGCUGGAUGGGCCGCACGGCGCUCGAGCUCAUCGGCCAAGGUGGUCUCGGGCACUCACUCGACCCACUCGUGAAGGACAGCACGGACGCAUAUGGAAUGGCACUGAAAUUGCUUGCUCCAGGACUCUUCGCCGUAAGGCUCUACCGCCAGGUGACAGUCAUCACUCAGAACAUCGUCCCGGCCUGGUUGCGGCGCGCCGUCGUGGACGCGUUCCCGCGUGGGACCACAGUGCAUGCCGUGAAGGAGAUUGUGGAUACCAUGGACUUCCAUGCCCGCGCGAUCUAUGACUCGAAGAAGCUCGCGUUUCAAAAGGGUGACGCGGAAGUGGUGAAGCAGGUCGCGGAGGGCAAAGAUAUCAUGAGUAUCCUCAUGCGCGCGAACUCGGUGGCGGACGCUGCGGAUCGACUCUCGGAGGAAGAGGUCAUCGCGCAGAUGUCGAUCCUCAUAUUCGCGGCAAUGGACACAACGUCGAACUCGCUCUCCCGCAUUCUGCACUUGCUCGCGCAGAACCCGGCUGUUCAGAAGAAGCUCCGUCAGGAACUCUUGAGUGCUGGCGCUGCCGACGGUAUGCCGUAUGACGACCUGAACCGUCUGCCCUUGUUGGAUAGUGUCUGUCGUGAGACGUUGAGAGUAUAUCCUCCGGUUACCACGUUGUACCGAGCCGCUACCCAGGACACCGUGCUGCCUCUGUCAGAACCUAUCUUUGCCACAGACGGCACCAGGAUGGAUGAAAUUCCUCUCGUGAAAGGCUCGCAGGUCAUACUCGGCUUCCUCGGAUGCAACACGAGCAAGGCGCUCUGGGGCGAGGACGCAUACGAGUGGAAGCCCGAGCGAUGGUUGUCGUCACUUCCGUCUAAUGUUACGGAUGCUCGUAUCCCGGGUGUCUAUUCCAACCUGAUGACGUUCCUCGGAGGCAAAAGAGCUUGCAUUGGCUUCAAGUUUUCGGAGAUGGAGAUGAAGGUCGUGCUCUCUGUCCUCCUCACAACGUUCACUUUCGAGCUACCAGAGAAGCCGGUCGUGUGGAACGUGGCGGGUGUAUGGUACCCGACUGUUGACAAGGCCAGUUCGAAGCCCGAGAUGCCUCUGAAGGUGGGACUUUACAAGAGGCCUCAGGCGUGA